UCCUCCUCCCUUUUAUUUCAUUUAACUUUUUCUACUUUAAAAAAAAAAAAAAAAAUUCCUCAGAUGCAUGAUUUCCUGGAAGCUGCAGAGUUAGGACAAUGAUUGAAUAUGAAUUAUUUACGAGAAUCUUAUUAAUUCUUUCUUAAAAGCCAUUAAAGAUUCAUACCCAUUUCUUGUCUCCCACUAUCUUUUAAUGGGUUCUUACUGUUCUUCCCUCUAUUAUCUUCUUUUUCUCUGCAGUUCUUUAUAAAGGAGACUACAGGCUUCCUUUCAUAGCUCUGCUUCUGCAAGACUCAAGAUCUUAUAUUUCAGCCAGUCUCUAGAGAGAGAAACAGAAAGAGAAAGGUUUUGAGGUUUUAUAGAUCAAUGGCUGGUAUGUUACCUGGUGUUGAAAGUGCUCGUCGGAGACGGUUCCAUCAUAGCAGCGGAGAUUCACCUGGCGGUGCCGCUGCCUUUGGCUCGACAAGAAGGUCCUCUUUUUGCUUGUACACAAGCAACCAUGAAAUUUCUCAUCUUUCAGUCUCUUCUCUGCAAAGAAGCACCCAGGCAUAUGAAGAAAAGAAGGUGGGAGGACUGGCAAGAGCAGCAAGGCAAGCCAAGGAGAGAUUAGAUGAGAGGCUAAGAACACAGAGGAAUUCUGCAUCCAAAAGGCAUGAUACCACAAGAAGCUUGAGGGGUGAAGAAAGCAGAGCAAUGGCAGCAGGAGAAUUGCAGGCAGAGGUGUUUGGUUCAAAGAAAAAUAAUGGAUCUAAUAGGAAGUUCAGUUGGGCCAAAUUGAGCUGGAAAGCCAGUGAACAAGAUGAGUGCACCAUUUGUCUUGAAAGGUUCAAGUCUGGUGAGACCCUGGUGCACCUCCCAUGUGCACAUAGGUUCCACUGCAAAUGCUUGGUGCCUUGGCUACAGAAUAAUGCUCAUUGCCCUUGUUGCAGAAUGGAAAUUCAUGUCCAAUUUUCAUAAUAAUUAAAAUCCUCCAAAUUAUAACUA